AUGUACAAACUCAAUUGCAUUGUCUUGGGCAAUGAUGAUCCUGGUAGUAUAUUUGAGAUCAAGAUUGCACUGACAGAGAGUGUUAGCGCCCUCCAGAAUAUUAUCAAAGAACAGAAUAAGCAUGAAUUUGAUGGUGUUGAUGCUAAAACUCUCAAGCUAUGGAAGGUUUACCUGGCUGUCGACGAGACGAUCAAGCACAAUCUUCAGUCUUAG